AUGGAGGAACUGACCCUGAAGUAUGCUAUUAAUAUUCUCUGUGACAUAGCAACCCAUGGCUGGAAGCCCCAAAGCUCUAGUUACCAGCAGAUCCUGGCCAUUGUGUUUGCUCUCAAGGAGAUCAAUGAAAAUAACCACAUCCUACCCAAUGUCACGCUUGGCUUCCACAUUUAUAAUAGCAAUUUCAGUCCAAGUUGGACUUACCUUGCCUCAAUGGAGCUUCUCUUCACCCAGAUCAGAUUCGUCCCUAACUACAAGUGUGGGGUUCCAAAGCAUCUGGCUGCAGUCAUUGUGGGACCUGACAUCUGUCUCCACAUGGCAACGCUACUAUGCAUUUACAAAGUGCCUCAGCUGACAUAUGGCUCUGCUCCAGUCAUGGAUAAAGCAACUCAAGCUGUUUUCGUCCAGCAAAUGUUUCCAGAUGAAUCCCACCAACAUAAGGGCCUCCUCCAGCUAUUGCUCUACUUAAGGUGGACAUGGAUUGGUGUUCUUGCUGUGAAUGAUGACAACGGAGAGAAAUUUGUACAGGAUGUGCUCCCCAUCUUUUCCCAGCAUGGCAUCUGCUUUGAUUUCAUAUCAAAGUUCCCAAAUGUAGCUUUUUACAGUGACUUUAUUGAUGUGAUGGAUGAAGGACUCCAACUGUACCAAGUUGUCAUGAACAGCACAGCCAAUGUGAUUGUCUUGUACAGUGAAAUUCAGUCCAUAUCAGCUUUGAGAAUGUUCCUCCAGUUUUCUGAAGUGGAAGAUGCACCAAAGAAGGCAAAAAUCUGGGUUACAACAGCUCAGACGGAUUACACUUCAGUUUCCCUUCACAGAUCAUGGGACAUCCAUUUCCUGAAAGGUGCUUUAUCCUUUGCAGUUCACACAAAGAAGGUCCAAGGCUUCCAGGAAUUUCUUGAAAGCAUAAAUCCAAUCAAUAACCAGCAUGACCAUUUUAGGAAUGAUUUCUGGGAACAGGCAUUCAACUGUUUCUUUCCCAGCUCUAAAACAGAGAUGCCAUCUGAGAGAAAGUGUACAGGAGAGGAAAAACUUAUAGCCCUUCCUACUAAUGUGUUUGAAUCACACAUGAGAGGCCAGAGCUGCAAUACUUACAAUGCAGUAUACGCUGUGGCACAUGCUUUGCAAUCUAUGUAUUUAUCCAAAUCCAGGAAAAGAACAAGAGUAAAAGAAGGAAGGGAACAGUUUCAGAAUCAAGAAUUGUGGCAAGUACGACCUUUUUCUUUGUGUAAUGAUCCUUGUGAGGCAGGACACAGCAAGGCCAAGAAAGAAGGGGAGCCAUUUUGCUGCUAUGAUUGUCUUCUGUGUCCAGAGAGGAAAAUAUCAAAGGAGAAGGACAUGGGUGACUGCUCUCUGUGUCCAGAAGAUCAUUAUCCAAACCCCCACAGAAAUAAAUGCAUUCCAAAGCAGAUCACCUUUUUGUCCUAUGAAGAGCCAGUGGGGAUCAGUCUCACUGUUCUUUCUCUUUGUUUUUCUUUAAUGGCCACCCUGGUGCUCACAAUCUUCAUUAAAAAUAAAGAGACUCCCAUUGUCAAAGCCAACAACCGGAAUCUCACCUACACUCUCCUUGUUUCCCUCCUCCUCUCUUUCCUUUGCGUGUUUCUAUUUAUUGGCAGACCUAAUAAAAUUGUGUGUCUCCUUCGACAACCAGCUUUUGGGCUUAUCUUCUCUGUGGCGGUUUCUUGUGUGUUGGCCAAAACCUUUGUUGUGGUUCUAGCAUUCAUGGCCACCAAACCUGGUUCCAGAUUGAGGAAAUGGGUGGGUGGAAGAAUGGUCAGAAUGGACUCUUUCAUUGUUCUUUUUUGUUGCCUUGUUCAAACCACUAUUUGCAUAGUAUGGCUGACAACCUCCCCACCAUACCCAGAUUUUGAUAUGCACUCAAUGUCUGAAGAAGUCAUCAUGGAGUGCAGUGAGGGGUCAGUUACCAUGUUCUACUGUGUCUUGGGCUUUAUGGGUUUCCUGGCCGUGGUCAGCUUCUCUGCUGCUUUUCUAGCUAGGAAGUUACCUGACAGUUUCAACGAAGCCAAAUUCAUCACCUUCAGCAUGUUGGUCUUCUGCAGUGUUUGGCUAUGCUUUUUUCCAACGUAUCUAAGCACAAGGGGAAAAUACAUGUUGGCUGUGGAGGUCUUCUCCAUGAUCUCCUCCAGUGCUGGCUUACUGAUGUGUAUCUUCUUUCCGAAAUGUUUUAUCAUUGUAAUGAGACCUGAACUGAACAAUAAGCAUCAGCUAAUGAAAAGAAAGCUUUAG